AUGAAUACUGUUAAUGGAAUAAUUUACACGUUUUCUUCAAACAGUUCCAAUAAUACGGAUGAGGGCUGCAUGUUAAUAAAUCCGUCCCAAAAUGUUAUUAUUACUGGAGCUUACAACGGAAUACCACAAACAUUAAUUCUUAACUUGAUAUCAUGGGUAUCUCUAAUUGCUUUGUUUACGGUACUCAGACGUACCGCAUGGAAUUAUGGUCGAUUGGCGCUAGUUCAGCGUACAAGAAGCCGUUGGACAAGCUUAUUUUAUCGUGGUGGCGAUGAGGACGCAUUGGUGGAGAGGCGACGGAGCCAUGACGAAUCCUCAAACAUCGAUGAAGGUUUCUUCUCGUGGCUGCCAGCCGUCUUUCGCGUAACGCGUGAGCAGGUACUCGCCAAAUGUGGCCCAGAUGCUGUUCACUACCUCUCUUUUCAGAGACAUGCAAUAACUCUAAUGUUUAUUGUUACAAUUGUCUCCAUUGGUAUCAUACUGCCUAUAAACUUCCAAGGAACAAAUUUACAAGUUGAUGCAAAUACGUUCAGUAGAACAACAUUGUCCAAUUUAAAUGGAAGAUCCCAUUGGCUUUGGGCACACACAUUAAUAAGCAUCUGUUUCUUGCCGAUUUCAGUAUUGAUCAUGAGAAGAUGCACUGGACGUAAACCAGUCCCUACAUCUAUGACAGGGACUAUUAUGAUUACAAAUAUUUCCAAAGCUGAUAGAAAUGAAGCAACCAUUAGAGCCUAUUUUACCCACAAUUUCCCAAAUAUUCAAAUUGUUGAUUUGCGUUUGGCAUACAAUGUAAAUAAACUAAUUGAGGUUCAAGAGAAAAAGGAAAUGGUAACUGAAGCACUCAUUUACACAGAUAAUUAUUACAAAAAGACUGGAAAGUGUAUAACUGUAAAACUUCGUCUAUGUGGUCCGGAGGUUGAUGCUUUAGAAUAUUAUACAAAUGAAGAAAAAUGUCUUAAAAAUGAAGCUAAAAGAUGUCGAGCAAUGGUAUUAAAUGAACCCCUAGGUAUUGCCUUUUUAACUUUACCAUCCUAUCAACUAGCUGAACAUGUUAUAAAAAACUUUAAUUUGCAUCACGGUUGGGUUCUCACUCAUGCAACUAAUCCAGCCGAUAUUGUUUGGGAGAACUUGAGUGUUCAACCUAGUGUUUGGUAUGUUAAAGCUAUAAUUAUUAACUUUGCCCUUUUUAUAGUUCUGUUCUUUCUAACUACACCUGCCAUUGUUGUAAAUCUUUUCAACACCUUGAUCGUUAAGCCUGACAGUCUUAGCAGGAUCAGUACCAUUAUUUUUGAAUUCCUGCCAACCUUGUUACUAUGGACAAUGGCUGCUGUCAUGCCCGCUAUUGUAGCAUUUACUGACAAAUUUCUGUCUCAUUGGACUAAAUCACAGCAGAACUACUCCAUAAUGACAAAAACUGUUUCUUUUCUUCUACUUAUGACUCUUAUUUUACCAUCACUUGGAUUAGCGAGUGCAGAGGCUUUCGUCGCUUGGACAUUGCAUCAUGAGAAUGACACAAUGCGAUGGGAUUGUGUAUUCCUUCCUGACAAGGGUGCAUUUUUUGUCAAUUACGUCAUCACUUCAGGUUUUAUUGGUACAGCGCUCGAAUUGAUCCGUUUCCCAGAGCUGUUCCUUUAUGUUUGGUAUCUUUUGCAAUCGAAAUCGAAAGCUGAAAAGAGUUAUGUAAAGAAAGCAAUACUUUACGAAUUUCCUUUUGGUGUGCAUUAUGCGUGGAGCUUGGCUAUUAUAUCCAUUACUAUAGUAUAUAGCCUUGCUUGCCCUCUUAUCUCACCUUUUGGUCUUAUUUAUCUGUUACUUAAACACAUAGGUGACAAGCAUAACCUGUACUUUGCUUAUGGACCUAGUGAUAUGAGCGGAGUAGGUGGAGGGCGAAUUCACGCUGCGGCCGUGAGAAUGAUUCGCGUGUCAGUGUUACUCUUACUUGUGAAUAUGGCUGCUUGGGCAGGCUUGCGUUCGGGCUUUGAAGCGCGCACUAUAAUCUUAAUAAUGGCAUCAAUUGUUGCAUUUGGCACAUUUUUGCUUCUCAGUCCAUUCCCUAGCUGCACUCCACCCGCACCUUUGCAGGCGGAGUCAAGUGUACGCUUCCAUGAGUAUGUUGCCCCUGUAUUAUUAAAGCCAAUUGACACUACACCUAUAUCCACACCUUCAACUCCCGAUUACGGAGCAUCUUCACCUGUGACUAACCCUACUUAUAAUUCGGAUUCUAUAAAUAUAUAA